CUUUUACACAAACAGGCACAGCUCACACACAUAGAUUCCAGAGAAGUCUGGAAUCUGGACUUGACUGUCUGCUGCUAAUUGCACGUCAAGAUUGCAACUAGCAGGGAAGUGUUUCUGGAAAACAGGAUUGAAGGAAUCUUGUGCUGAAGGGUCUCAAUAUCUCCACCAUGUUCCUGCUUCUGUUUCUUGCACCAGGCUUGAUUCUUUGUGAUUCUGAUGGCAUACCAGCAGAUGUCCAGCCUCUUGACCAAAGCCCACUUGAAGACAUUCAGAAAAAAGUUAAUGACUUAUGGCUGAGUUUGCUUUACCCCCAGUUCUAUGAGGAGCUGCUGGCAACCAACCAGACUGCUUAUGCUGUGUGUGUAGUGAAACCCAACACCAAAUUGGAUGCAGACAAGCCACAGGUGACUGGGCAUGUUCUUUUCAAGCAAGCCUAUCCAUAUGGAAAAUUGGAGGCUGUUUUCUAUUUGGAUGGGUUUCCUGCAGGCACCAACUUGUCUGGCAGAGCUAUUCAUGUUCACCAGCAUGGAGACCUCAGUGACAGCUGUGACUCUGCUGGGGGACACUACAAUCCUUUCAAAGUAAAUCACCCUAAACAUCCUGGGGACUUUGGGAACUUCUACUCUAAAGGAGGCAAAAUUAUAAAAUACAAAUCCAAUCUCACGGCAACUCUUUUUGGUCCACACACCAUUAUAGGAAGAUCCAUUGUGAUCCAUGAACAGGAAGAUGACCUAGGGAAAGGGAGCAACAAAGCCAGCCUGGAGAAUGGAAAUGCUGGUAAACGUCUGGCUUGUUGUGUCAUUGGAACAUCCAACAAAAACCAGUGGGCAAAUCAGUUUGCUGAGAUUCCAGCAAAGAGGAGGAAAAGGAUCACAAAAUAAGCACAGAACAGCUGGGCCUAGGUGAAGAACGAAACAGCGAGAGGCACUCACAAUAGAUUUCAUAUCUGGCAAGCUGGUUGCUAAACAAUAGAAAAGUUUCUGCUUCCCUUGAGAAAAUGUUAAGAUAGGCUACUGUUCCAUCAUAGCCACCCAUUCUGUAAGCAGAUUAAUAAUAAAAAGCAGCAGCAUAUUCUUUCAAAGUUCAUAUUCAAGCUUUUUUUUUCUGGUUCCAAAGUUAAGUCUUGAUAGAUUAAGGACUCUGUGCUUGCUACUGAAAUCUUGAGCAAUCCCUGCUUAUUGUAUGUUGUAUCUUUAGAAAAAAUCUCAAGAACAAGAAAACUAGAGGAACAAAAGAUAAAAAUAAAUGUGUUCCACUAA